AUGAAUGCCGUCCCGCUCCGCGCCCCGCCCUCCUCCUCCUCCUCCUCCUCCUCCUCCUCUUCGUCCCGCUCGGCCACAGCGGCGGCGGCCCGAGGGACAGCGCGGCCCGCGGGGCCGGGCCGGGCCCCCCCUUGGGGCCCCCCUCGGUGGCGGGGCCCCCCGUGCCGGCGGUGCCGCCCCCCGAUGACCCUUCGGUCCCCGGGGGCGGGCGGCGAUGGCGCGGGGGCGGCCGAAGAGCAGCAGCCCCCCGACCCCAAGGGCCCGGCCGCCGCCAACGCCAUGCGGGAGCUCACGCACACAGGGUGGUACUGGGGCAACAUGACUGUUAAUGAAGCCAAAGAAAAAUUAAAAGAUGCUCCAGAAGGAACUUUUCUGAUUAGAGACAGUUCCCAUUCGGACUAUCUUCUAACUAUAUCCGUAAAAACGUCGGCCGGACCAACCAAUCUCCGCAUAGAGUAUCAAGAUGGGAAAUUCAGAUUGGACUCGAUCAUAUGUAUCAAAUCCAGGCUCAAGCAGUUUGACAGCGUGGCCCAUCUCAUCGAGUACUACGUUCGCAUGUGUAAGGAUAAGAGAACUGGCUCUGACACACCUCGAAACGGAACCGUUCACUUGUAUUUGACCAAACCUCUCUAUACUUCGACUCCGUCACUGCAGCAUCUCUGUAGGUUAACCAUAAACAAAUGUACGAGUAAGAUCUGGGAACUGCCUUUGCCGACGAGACUAAAAGACUACCUGAAAGAAUAUCAAUACCAGGACGGAGAACAUCUUUUCGGAAGGGUUUUCUCCCGGAUUUCUACUCGGUUGAUUUCACCGUGCUUUUCUCCCGAGGGAUCUCCCGAUAGAUACAUCUGGAGAGUGCCCUUGUCUGAGACGCAAGAGGGGCUAAACCGAGAUGAGGUGGUUCCCUUUUUUUGCUCUCCAGAUGGUGAAGCGGGUGUCUCAGGCUAUUCGGGUUGUACGUUCUAGCGGGCUUAGAGCUCGGUAAAACAGAUCGUGCUCGUGAGACCCCAUCCCGUGUUUUACGCGGUUGACGGAAGCGAGUCUGACCGGUCGGUUCCGUGCAUGCCUUUUUGCCACCCUCAUCCGACCGUCUCGUUUGAGUUCAAGAACGCAGUCGUCCACCCAAAGGGAGACUUCUCUCAAAAGCAGAUUGUACGCGUCUACCGGGAAUCCCGUGGAAUUCCUGAAAUCCGUACCCGGCAGAGGAAUCCCACAGAAUUCUUGAAAUCCGUGCCCGGCGGACGGUCCUUUCCUUUGUUUUCCCAACGGAGCGGUGUCUUCACCUGUUGCCGUGGCUCUCUGAGGAGGGGCCGUAGAAAUUUCCACGUUGUUAUUUUGAAUCGUCUAGCCACAGGUAUCGGCGCAGUUGUUUCCCUUCCACCGCGUAGAGUACUUUCACUUAAUUUUCUUCCAGACACAGGCGAAGACUUGCCUGGUUCGAAAGCGUUUAUCCACCGCUGUAGCUAUUAUCCAACUUCGAAUAGAGUGUAUUAAAUAAAGCAAACUUUGACAAGUUGCA